CUUAUAACUUUGAGCUUUAUUGUAUUUCGAUAGUACCACGCUAGAACAGAAUCUCCUCAGGUUCUGAAGUCCCAAAUACGCAUUGAUUCAAAAUGGAUGACAAAGCAUACGCUCUCCCUCCAGGUUCUCGAGUUCUUGUGACUGGAGCAGAUGGCUAUAUCGCUUCACAGAUAAUCAAUCUAUUGCUAAGUCGUGGGUAUCAUGUCCGUGGGCAAGUGCUUGAACAUCGACAAUGGCUUGACGAGCAUUUCAAGGGGAAAUAUGGCAAUCUUUUCAAGUCUGUCAUCUUGUCUGACUUGGAUGAUCGCGAGGGCAUAGUCCCUUUGCUAGACGAUGUAGCUGGCGUGAUCUUGGUGGCAAUGGAUAUGUCCUUUGGAGAUGACCCGAGCAUUGUCGAGAAAACAGUGAAAAGCACUCUGACUUGGCUCGAGGUCGCUGCGGAAUCGUCCUCAGUGAAACGCGUGGUAUUGACGUCUUCUUCCUCUGCAUGUGUGACGCCCGUGGCGAAUUCACCCGCUCGAUUUGACAAAGAUUCAUUCAACCAUGCAGCCGUCGCUGCUGUCCAGAACAACACAGCUGAGAUCCCAGGUAUGAUGUCCGCGUCGAUAUAUGCCGCCUCAAAGACAGAGGCAGAAAGACAAGCCGUGAAAUGGGUACAGGAUCAUGAACCCUCUUUCGUUCUUAAUAUGGUUUUGCCUUAUUGGUGUCUCGGACCUCGCGUUCACCCCGAGGCCGGUAGUCCAAUGGGAAGUAUGGGCAUGGCAAGUGCGCUCGUAAAGGGUUACGGGGACUUUAUGUAUAGGUUCCCACCCAUGUGGUAUGUGAGUGUCGAAGAUGUAGCAUACCUUCACAUUGCCGCUCUUCUUCAUCCAGACCUAAAGCUGGAACGCAUUUUUGCUAUGGCAGCACCGUUCAACUGGACUGAUGUUGUGGAGAUCAUUCGCAAACUCCAACCGGAUAACGAUAAGAUUCCAGAUCCACCAGCUGACGAAGGCCGCUGUCUGCACGAGUUCCUCGAGGCUGGCAAGGCAGAGAAGCUUUUACAGGAAUUCUGUGGACGGUCUGGUUGGACCUCGUUGGAGGAUUGCCUUGUUGUUGGAUUGCCAACAUACGACUGAUAGUAUAUUGAGAAUGAGAUGGAUUUUUAAAGCUAAGUGGGAACUAUUUGACGCGUUCCUGGUUUCUCAAGCGCAAAUAGAACCUCCUACGUAGUACGGAGUAAUAUUUAUUUCUAUUUAUUACUUAAAAGAG